AUGGACGACGCAGGUGAUCGGCAAAGACCUACGCGAAGACUGAUCGUUCAUGCUCUUCGUCAUACAGAAGCUGAACAUAAAGUAACAAAGACCACCAAUAUCGAGAUCUGCAACCCGCGAUUGACCCAGCGUGGGCAAGAACAAUGCGAAACAAUCCGCCAAACCUUCAAAAGGGUCUUGCCAUCGAAGCCAAAGAUCUUCUCGUCGCCGCUCUAUAGAGCGCUUGAAACUAUCUUCAGGAGUUUUCCGUCGUUCAUUGACGCAGAGACGGGGACUAUUGUUCGUCUCCUCGCUGAACUACAAUCAUUGGAUGACGGUCGGAAUGGGACGGCUAGUUCUUUACACAAACUAAGCGAAGACUGGGGAUUUGAAGUAUCAUUCAAGGAGUUACGGAUAGGAUACAAUCGCAAAGAUGUAAAAGAAACAGCGGCCUGGGCAACGAUUCCCGGUCGAAGAGCAUUCUUAAAUACACUUUUGGAACAGAUCUUUGAGGAAAUGACAGAAGGAAUAGAAGAGGUUGUAUUUGGCACCCAUUCGAGCAUCAUUAGGGAAGUUUUCUAUCUUGAUGAAGAUGAUGAUUAUCGUGCAAACAGACGGCAAUUCCUCCACAGCUUUGAGUGGGACUCGGACAAUAGAAAAUUGAUACCACUGAGCCAAAAGCAGGUUGCUGCGUACCGAGAUACCAGAGAGUAG